UCCAUCACCUCCUCACUGCGAGCGCGGAGCUCGGAGCGCCCACAAAAUGUCAGCUGUCUCAGGCUCCUCGCAGACAUGAGCUGGCCGUCGCCUCGCUGCCAUCAUGCGGAUUCACUGCAAACUUCUUGCGCUCGUCGUGUGCUUCGGAGUUUUCCUACUUUUGUACUUUUUGGGGGGCAACGCCGCGGACGACCCUCCGCUGAAAGAAGUUGUAUUGGAACAGGAGGAGGAGCAGCAGGAGGUUCGGAACUCUCUGCCGGCUCCUCCUGAGCCCGGACACGAUGCUGCGGCCAAGUCCGGCAGAAAGUCAUCCGGUGGAGUCCCACAAGAGCUUCCGAGAGGACGGAAAGAAAAGACGUUCGACAGACCCGCGAGGAGUAAGCAGCAGGGUCGCCCUGCAGCCAAACGCCGAGUUCAGGAGGUCAUGCACCUGGCAGUGGUGGCUUGUGGUAGUCGUCUGGAUGAGACCCUCACGAUGAUUAAAUCCGCCCUCCUGUUCAGCUUCAAGAAGAUCAGGUUUCACAUUUUUGCUGAGGACCCACUGACCUCACAGUUUGCAGAAAAGCUGAACCAGUGGCCUCGAACCGUCUCAGCAAAGUUCCAGUACACCAUCUACCCCAUCACCUUCUCUGUGGGCGACGCCGAGGAGUGGAAGAAGCUCUUCAAGCCCUGCGCCGCUCAGAGACUCUUUCUGCCCGUCAUCCUGAAGGACGUGGACUCAUUGCUGUACGUGGACACUGAUGUCCUGUUCCUGGGGCCCAUGGAUGACAUCUGGAAUUUUUUGAGGUCUUUCAACAGUUCCCAGCUGGCAGCAAUGGCCCCAGAGCACGAGGUCCCAAAGAUUGGCUGGUACAGCCGCUUUGCACGCCACCCUUUCUACGGGGUCACAGGGGUCAACUCCGGUGUGAUGCUCAUGAAUCUCACGAGGAUCCGCAGCACGCUGUUCAAAAACAAUAUGAUCUCCAGUCGCCUGUCAUGGGAGGAUCUUCUACAUCCACUCUAUCAGAAGUACAAGAACCACAUCACCUGGGGAGACCAGGACCUCCUCAACAUCAUCUUCCAUGAUAAUCCAGAGUGCCUCUUCAUCUUCCCGUGCCAGUGGAACUACCGUUCUGAUCACUGUAUGUACGGUAGUAACUGUAAAGGGGCUGAAGAGCAGGGCGUGUCCAUCCUGCACGGGAGCCGUGGCGUGUAUCACGAUGACAAGCAGCCAGCCUUCAAAGUUGUCUAUGAUGCAAUACGUGAUUUUCCCUUUGAGCACAACAUGUUCCAGUCCCUGUUCUACCCCAUCCAGACCAAGUUCCUGGACACAGUCAACACGCUCUGUGGUCGAAUUCCUCAAGUCUUCCUCAAGCAGAUUGAAAAGACCAUGAGGAAAGCCUUUGAGGACCGAGUUGUCCAUCAUAUCGGGCCGCACAAAUGACUGAUGGAGAGAGGACGCUCCCUGCUGAGCUGUGGAUUUUUCUCCAUCCACCAUCUCCUGGACCAAACUGGCAGAUCGGUGUCUGCAGCAUUUGGUCUUAUUGGUGUGAAAGUGCUGUGGCGCUAUGGAAGGUAAGCCGUGUACAGAAAGGCGGAGUGGCGGUCAGUGAUGCUGUAGAUUAUACACGCGUGUGAAGAAGCGAAUAAA